AUGUCUGACACUGGUAUCAUUACAACUACAACUGAUAUCAUUACAACAACAACAACAACAACCACUACAACUACAACUACCACCACAAUUAUUGCCGAUGCUUUACUGCUCGACACGGGAGAUCAUGCGUGGAUGCUGGCAUCAACAGCAUUAGUAUUAAUGAUGACUCCAGCUUUGGCAAUUUUCUAUGCUGGUUUAGUUCAUAGAAAAAAUGUCUUAAGUCAGCUAUUUUUAUCAUUUCUAUGCAUGGGAGUUAUUUUUGUUCAAUGGGUAUUAUUUGGUUUUUCAUUUGCAUUUGGUGAUCCAGUUAGUGUUGGAUUUGGAUCAUUUUCUGACGCUGCUUUACGUUUUAAUGGUUCUCGACAUGAUCCAUUUUAUUGUCCAACUUUACCACUUUUAACUUAUGCUGCAUAUCAAGGUACAUUUGCUAUUGUUACGGCUGCAAUUAUAUCUGGAUCAAUUGUCGGUAGAGUUCGAUUGAUCCCUUAUAUAAUAUUUAUUUUCGUUUGGACUACAGUAUGUUAUGAUCCAAUGGCUCAUUGGGUUUGGGGUGUAAAUGGUUGGUUAAGAACUUUAGGAACAUUAGAUUUUGCUGGCGGAACUGUUGUUCAUAUUCUAUCGGGCGUUUCGGGUAUCGUUGCAGCAGCAAUCAUUGGAAAACGACAUGAUUAUCAUGAGGAAAAGAGCACUGCUCAUAAUCUUCCAUUAACAGUAUUAGGUGCUGGCCUUUUAUGGGUUGGUUGGCUUGGUUUCAAUUCUGGUUCAGCUAUUGCAGCCAAUGCUUUAGCAGCACUUGCUUUGGUAAAUACAAUUGCAGCUGCAGCUUCGGGCUUGGUAACAUGGGUCAUACUUGAUCUUAUUCGUGGUCGAGUAUCAAUAUCAGGUGCUUGUUGUGGUCCCUUAAUUGGUUUGGUCGCAAUAACACCAGCCUCUGGUUUUGUUGAGCCUGGUUGGGCUCUUCUUUUCGGAAUAAUAGCAACAGUAAUUAUUUAUUUUGCUAUUCUUUACAAACAUAAUAUUGGAAUAGAUGACACACUCGAUGUUGGUAUUAUGCAUGGUGGAGGUGGUAUCAUAGGUGCAUUCAUGACAGGAUUAUUUAGUCAACGAUCAGUGAAUACAAUAACUGGUGCCGAUGGUGCUUUCUAUGGUAAUCCAAAACAACUGUGGUAUCAAAUAGCUGGAAUUCUUACUGCAAUUGGUUUUAGUGCUGCAUGUACAAUUGGAAUUCUAUUACCUUUACAUUGGACAAUCGGUAUUCGUAUUUCAGUUCAGGAUGAAAUUGCUGGUCUCGAUUGGGCAGUUCAUGGUGAAAGAUGGGAAAUCGCGCCACCUGAGAAGGUUACGACUAAAAAGGCUACAAAGGAUGCGAAUUAUCGUAACAAUCUAUUUCCAAGACGAGAUGACAGAAAUUCAGCCCGUAUUCAAUCUUUAUUACAAUCAAUAAGAUUUCGAAGACAACCUGAUGCAUCAAAUGCUGUACUUGCUCGCUUAUCGAAAGCCGCCUAUACUCUACCAGUUUAA